ACGUUUCAUUUGCAAGUCAUUGUAUUCCUGCCGUGGGCUUUGAGGUGCUUCGCUCUGUCGGUACCAGUUGUAGUCUGGACCAUGACGUCUUGAAUUGAAAAAGUGAUCGGAGCCCCGGUUUUCCAGAUACCAAGGCUGAUCUGAAGCUUGACUUCCUGGUCCGUCAGCAACUUUAUUUCCUGAAUCCCCGAGUCGGCCUUGAACUGCCUGUGUGGGCGCCUGUCUGUGUUCAACUUCACGGUUCUCUGUGAAAACUUCUUCGUGGGACUUCCACUGUUUAAACUCAUGCCCGUCGAACUUGCCAGUUCCAGCAGUUUUCUGCUGCGGGCGAUUGGGAAGCUUCAUUGGUGCGUAUUCUGAAUCGUGCUCAAAACUUGGCUCUUGGCGAGACAACCUGUCAUCGUCAAGUAACAUGCUGUCAAAUUUGCGCAUCCGUGGAGAAACUUCAGCUGCAGAACCUUCAUCACGGGUAGGCAAGAAGUGACCUGGAUUGUAACGACGAAAUAGAGUCUCAUAGUCAGGGAUGCCAUUAAUGUCAUGAAGUCUUGAGGAUUCAUCCGGUGCAGAUCUUUUAUCGCGGGGCAGAAAAGUAAUUACCAGGCCUCUGUUGACGAGAUAGGCUUUUACAGUCAGGAAUGAUUAGACUAUAAUUCCGGGUAUCAUUCAGAUGUACAUCAGACAUGUGAUGAGAGGGGAGACAUGGAUUCCUCUAGCUUAUGUGAUGACCUGUUUCAGCUAGGGUCCCGAGAUCUGACAUUCAUCGAUUGAGAAACUUUCCACAAAAUCUGCUGCUAGGAGCUUCAUUGCCAGCAAAAACUACGUUUCAUUUAGAGAUGAAGAUUCUCUCUUCUCAAAAGACCUAAAUGAAAGAAGGUGCUCACCUUCUUCUUCAGCAGCAGAAAGCUUGAAAGUCUCUUUCGAUAAGGUAUGACCCGACGACGGUCGACCGUAAGGCGUCCUGUAACUUUUGUGAUAAGCCCUGAGACUGUUCCUCCACAAUGUCUCGUCCUCGAGGAGAGGCUUCUGCAUGUUGCUGAAAAGCCUCGGACGUUUGGCGUAGCAACUGGCGAUGAAAUCAAAAGAAGAGUGGUCGAAGGUGAAGAGCAUAGCCUCCGGAGGUGCCCAUGCUAGGGCGUCCAGGCCCUGGCUAUGAUCCUCGUCCAAGUCUCUGAUGCGAAAAAGCCCUAGCGAUGUCCGGCAACGGAUGGCCAAUCGCUUGGCGCGCUCGAACUCGUCCUUUCUCCAGGCAAGAAACGCAUUUGCCCUAUCCCUCGCCCGUUUCUCUCGCAGCAAUCGAUUGAUCUGCUCGAAAUCAACCUUGGGCACGGGUUUCCUCAGGCACGGGAGACAACUGACCCUCUCCUUACUAGGGGCAGAUUUCUUGCUCCUUUUGGGUCGCGGUUUGGGUGCAGAUUUGCUGGAAUCCUCGGGAACAAAACCUCGGAAUACCUUGAAUCGCCUGACACGCUUUUCUGCAAGAGGUUUCUUAGCAUCUGGGACGGCGGCAACCUCGCAGAUACUUUGCAGAGGCGACGACGGCUUCGCCUCUGGAGGAGAAUUGUCACAAUGGAUCUUCGGAUCGGCGCUUUUCUUCGAUACAACGCCUGCUUGCGCUGUGGGAGGUGAAGGACUUGUGGGCGACUUGGGGGAUCGAGGCGAUGCAGGGGAUUCAGGCGGCUGGGAUUCGACAGGAAUGGUGGAGGUAGACUGAUCUGCGUAACCCAGUAUCUGACUGAGACUCGGCUGCGGGUCUUCCCAGUACGAGUCCGAUACCUCGAAGCGGUGAGAAGGAGACCGCGACCACGUCCCGGCCGACGAGCGGAAGCAAAUGACCAUCUUCAGUAUCCUCAUCUUCCAUGUCGCAAUCCAUGAUCUCACAGCAGCGAAUGCAAGUCCCGGAGGAAGACGUCUUUUCCGCUCGGAUCCCGACCAGGACGAUGGCGCGGAGGCUGCGUGCGAAUCCACAGAGUUGUCGGACGACGCUUGCAUAAUUCAAUCACCGCUCCUGCGAAUUGCUCUCACGUGCACCGCCUUCACCUCAAUCAUCGAAUCGAGCCCGGGGCUCGGCUCUCCACUACGGCAGGGUCGCCCCCCGAAAACAUCGGACCUCAUCAUUUGCCUCUUCACGCCCGCGGCCACUUCAAUGACUGCAGGAGGCCCGAGCACGAGCUCGUCAUUUGCGGCCCCGCGACGAGACUUUCCCCUUGCGAUCUCUCCGAGAGCAUCCCCGGAGAGUCAACGGGGGGUAUAAAGGCGGAGCCUGGUGCCAUCCCGGGGGAGGGCAGUGAUACUCGGACCCGCUCACAUGCUGCGGUUGACCACGGCGAUCUUGCUCGAGGUGCCAUGGAUUCUUCGCGGAUCGUGUGCGGCGUCUUGUUCGUCUUCUGCUUCUUCUGCAUAAAGCCCGGCUUGCAAGGGGCACCACGCUUGGCGCACAAGAGACGCAGCGGUUUAGGCGAGAAGAAGCAGAAGCGGGCGCCCCGUCCUCGGCCUGCGCUCGUGCAGGAUGGCGUAGAAGGUCGGCCCGUGCACAAGGCCGGCAAGGCAGCAUGCCAUGGAGUCCUCCCCGUCUGGAAGUAGUAAGAGGAAGAAGCGCAGAUCCAAAAAACCCUCAUGGACCUCCAAGGAGUACCAAAAUGCUGCACUGAACCCGAACGCGCUGGGAUUCAAGCCGCCGGACUUCAAGCCGCCCCGCGUGCCCGUCGAUGACUAUCUCUCGUCCCAGUACAAGACUGAAACGAAGAAGAAAUCAGAUCACCCCUGGGACUCCACCAUCAGCCCCUACCUCUCGAAGGAAUACCAGACACAGUAUCCGGCUGCACCGAAAGCUUAUCCCGACUGCCCUCUCGGCUUUACACCGAGCGACGGUCCUUGGGUUCAAUGUUUUGAUUCCAUGUGGAACGUGAUUUGGGUUUCUCUCAAGGACGUAGAUACGACGGCGGCUGGGAAGGAGGAUUGGACCGGGUUCGAUUGGCGCAAGGACCACAUUGCUUGACGAUAGGCCGGUAGAAAAUUGUACAUUUUUCUGCUUUCCAAGGAUCUCAGACUAGAUUCACAGGGACUUGAAACUUCAAUUUCACAUGGCUGGACGAGGCAUAAUCAGAAGAAUCUGGAAACCUAUGAACGAGGUUGGAUGAAUACCGCUCGACCAUGGCAGCUUUGACUGCGGGAAGGGGCUGCGGCCGAGGAGCCGACACUUGCCCUCCGCGCGGGUCGAUUCAAUGCAGGGUGGAGAAGAGUUGGGAUUGGAGGUCGUGGAGGCAUUCUUGCGCAAUUUUGGACUCAGCUGGACGGAGGAUACAUUGUUCACAGAUUUUGUAUUGCAGUGGCCAGGAUUUCGGAGAGGGGAAAUCGGGUUGUUUGUCGACGGUGACCAAGUUUCGAAUGUCAAAGUUUUGAGCACACUGUUGUAGGCUUUAGAGGAAUUCUUGACGCAGAAGUAGCAGAUUGAAUUUUCUGACUUGGGUGUACUAUUUAUCUAUUUGAGAGAAAAUCAUUCAACCGAUUCUGC